CCCCUCCCCGUUGUCCCCCCGCAGGUAUCCAAGCAGGAGGAAUUCUUCAACCUGUCCCACUGCCAGCUGGCCACGCUCAUCAGCCGCGACGAGCUGAACGUGCGCUGCGAGUCGGAGGUGUUCCACGCCUGCAUCAACUGGGUGCAGUACGACUGCGAGCAGCGGCGCCCCUACGUGCAGGCAUUGCUGCGCGCCGUGCGCUGCCACGCGCUGACGCCGCAUUUCCUGCAGAUGCAGCUGCAGAAAUGCGAGCUGCUGCGCUCCGACGCGCGCUGCAAGGAUUACCUGGCUCAGAUCUUCCAGGACCUCACUUUGCACAAACCCACCCCUCAAGUGCAACCCGGCAGAGCCCCCAAAGUUGGGCAGCUCAUCUACACGGCCGGCGGUUACUACCGGCAAUCGCUGGGUUACCUGGAAGCUUUCAACCCCCGCGACGGUUCCUGGGUUCGCCUGGCCGACCUGCAGGUGCCGCGCAGCGGGUUGGGGGGCUGCGUGGUGGGGGGGCUCUUCUACGCCGUCGGGGGGAGGAACAAUUCGCCCGACGGCAACACCGAUUCGGCGGCCAUCGACUGUUACAACCCCAUGACCAACCGCUGGUCGCCCUGCGCCCCGAUGAGCGUCCCCCGAAACCGCAUCGGGGUGGGGGUGAUCGACGGGAUGAUCUACGCCGUGGGGGGGUCGCACGGCUGCGUGCAUCACAGCAGCGUGGAGAGGUGA